AUGGAUUACAUGAAAUCUUUCCACCUUUAUUCACCUUUGUCAUGGUAGGGAGAACACGUUAAUGUAAGGGUGGGGUCAUCUAAGGUAGCACAAAGGUUAAGAGCUCAGGAAAAGCUUUGCCUAUCACAGAGUCACUUGUUUUGAGCAGAACUAGGAUUUCAGAACAGGACGUGUGCAGCUCAGAAACUGCAAAAAAAAAAAGCUGCUUCAGUUCCCUAAAGUUGAAAAAACUGGGAGUCUUUGUAGCCAAAAGCUCAUUGUAGUGGCUAAAAGAGCAUCAAGAGCUGUAGACAGACUUCAGAACAGAAAGCAGCAAACUCUGAGCCUUUGCUGCAACGUUUCUUCCUCAUUCUGGCAGGUUGAGGUUAGCUCAGAGCAGACGUUUUCCGGUGCCAACCUCAGACAGUGAUGAGAGCAAACCUGUGGAAGUGAGUCUGACGAGAACCACGGUGAAGACGACAAAAGGCGUUGAGGGGAGCGCCGCUGCAGCCUCACCCCGACCAUCAACGGCGUGAGAGACGAGGAGCCGCAGGUCCCGUUGCUUUCUGCAUUCCUGAUGGCGUUUGCUACCUUUGGCGGCGCAGCGGAGCAACAGCCGCCAGCUCUGCCCCUCAAACAGCACAGGUGUUCCAGUUCCAGUUCUGAUGGCGUUCUCCUCAGCUCAGCAAACGACGCCGUCUUCCCCGACGCCCAGGACUGCCAGGCCCCUCAGUGCCCCAUUCACCAGCGCUACGAUGCUUCCAAACAUGAGACGAGGUUUUUCUCAGAGGGAAUGGCCCCACCCAUCCCAAGGAAAAAGCUGACCCGCACCCUGUCCCUUCCCGGGUCCGGUGCAUCGUCGCCGCCCCCCCUGCCCCGUCCUCCAUGGUCUCCUGUUCAAAGACGUUAUCUGAACUUUGACAACCCCCUGUACAUGACGGCUUCUUGUGUCCGUGAAGAGGGGGAGGGAUUUGCGCCAGCGGCAGACUCCACCUUCACCUCUCCGUCUUUCUCCCAGCUGUCCUUCCACACCUCAGACGAACAUCUGUGCGUGUUCUUUCAGAACUUUGCGGACCAGAACAUGGUUUCCCAGCGGCUUCAGCAUCGCCACCUCCUGUUCCUCCGCAGCACUGCGCAGGCCGUGGAGGCCCGGUGGCUGCAGAAAGGCGCGGCAGGGGGGGUCUUCGGCUCACGCGGGACGCAGGAUUUCCUACAGUGUCAGGCGAACGAGCCCAAACGGGUCGGAGACCAGACGUUCUACAGGCUGCACAGCUCCAGGUUCCCAGAGAGGGUUCUGGGUCUGAGGGUGUGCACCCCAAAGUCCGAGGCUUCCUCUGCUCAAACCCAAGUCACGCCGCCACACGCCAACGUGCGAGACGUUAUCGUUCAUUUUCAAUCUGCAGCAGUCUUGACACAGAGCUGCAGCCACCCGCUGCAUCCUGCAGGGUCAGGCUGCAGUACCAGUGAGAGCCCAAGCACAGUUCUGUCUCUUCUUAAGGGGGGGUUCAGCGUAAGCCUUGAGAGGGACCUGCCGCUCGCCACCCUGGAAGACUUUGUCCAGGAUGCUCUGCAGCGUCCCGGGAGUUCAGGUUACUGCAGACAGGUGUGUGUUUUGCUGCUGCAGAUCCUGAUGGGAUCACAACACCUGCACAGCAACAGCGGAGCUGCAGCCGAGCUCAAUCCCCGGGAGAUCUUCCUGGUCUGGCCGAGGAGACCAGAUGGAGGAAGAAACCAGGCCACACAGGAAGUAAACGAGCAAAAAAGAGGGAUCCAGCUGUUAUGGAAGACGUGGGGCUCCCCCCGGCUGGUCCUGACGCCAAAGUCCUCUCCAGUCGCCGAGCCUCUGGUCUACAUCAAACACCAGGUUGGAGCUCUGAUUGACUUCUGCCUGCUGCCUCUGGAGAGCCCAGCAGCUGUCCGUCCAGGUCCAGCUUCAAGCAGCUUCUACCAGAGAGCCCUCCGCCACCUUUCCUCGCUGCUCCAGAAGGAGGGCGACCUCCAGAUGACCAACGCAGCGGCCACGCUUCAGGUGCUUCUCUGGGGGCCACAGGGGCUGCACCCCUCAACCGUCACUGUGCACCACUGGCUGAUGACCAAACAAGCUCUGCUGGUGAUGCAGAUGGCAGAGGCCGCCCUGAAGCAGGAGCAGCUCUUCCCGGACUGGGAGGACUGCAUGCGUCUGCAGUUCCUGGCCUUCACGGAUCCAGAGACGGUGGCGAGCGUCGCCGCACAGCUGUGGGAGUCUCUGAACAAAGAGGCUCAAGUCUGA